GGUGGGUAACGGGUCACUUGCUGUGUGAGGAGGCGAAGAAGCAGUUGCGGCGGGGCGGCAUCGGCCGUUGCUGUAACCAUGCUCCGAUGGGGAAGCGCCGCUGCGACCGGGUUGGGACAGAAACUGGUGCCUUUAGUACAGACUAUCUGCGUCCGUGGCCACAAGCAGAAGAGCCGAUUCCCAGGCAACUUGUUGCAGCGAUGGCAUAUUCCUGUAGAAUUCCAGAUGACAAGACAAAUGGCCAGCUCUGGUGCUCCUGGGAACAAAAUCAAUAAAUCAAUGUUAGUCCUUAUUGUGGGCUUAUCAAGCAUGGGAGCUGGUGCAUAUGCCUAUAUGACAGUGAAAGAGGACCAAAAGAGAUAUGAUGAGAGAAUUUCAGGAUUAGGACUGACCCCAGAAGAAAAAGAGAAAAGGGAUAGCUUAAGUGUUCCAGAGACCGGGGCCCAAAUCAAGGCACCAACUCAUGCUCCUUUCCUGCUGAUUGGUGGAGGCACUGCAGCGUUUGCUGCUGCUAGAUCCAUCCGUGCUCGUGACCCUGGGGCUAGGGUCUUAAUUAUAUCCGAGGAUCCUGAACUACCAUACAUGCGCCCCCCUCUUUCCAAAGAACUGUGGUUUUCAGAUGAUCCAAAUGUCACAAAUACACUUCGCUUCAAACAGUGGAAUGGAAAAGAGAGGAGCAUCUAUUUUCAGCCACCUUCUUUUUAUGUAUCUGCUCAGGACCUGCCUCACAUUGAAAAUGGUGGCGUGGCUGUCCUAACUGGCAAGAAGGUGGUACAGCUGGAUGUGAGGGACAACAUGGUGAAACUUAAUGACGGCUCUCAGAUAACUUUUGAAAAGUGCUUGAUUGCAACAGGAGGCACUCCAAGAAAUCUUUCUGCUAUUGAUAGGGCUGGGCCAGAGGUAAAGAGUAGAACAACACUUUUCAGAAAGAUUGGAGAUUAUAGAUCCUUGGAGAAGAUUUCAAGGGAGGUCAGUUCGAUUACAGUUAUUGGUGGGGGCUUCUUAGGUAGUGAACUGGCCUGUGCCCUCGCCAGAAAAGCCCGAACUUUGGGCACUGAAGUGAUUCAGCUCUUCCCAGAGAAAGGAAAUAUGGGGAAGAUUCUCCCUGAGUACCUCAGCAACUGGACCACAGAAAAAGUCAGGAAAGAGGGGGUUAAAGUAAUGCCUAAUGCCGUUGUGCAGGCAGUUGGUGUCAAAAGUGGCAAGUUGCUCAUCAAACUGAAAGAUGGCAGGAAGGUAGAAACCGAUCACAUUGUUGCAGCUGUGGGCUUGGAGCCCAAUGUUGAAUUGGCCAAGACUGGUGGUCUAGAAGUAGAUUCUGAUUUUGGGGGCUUCCGAGUAAAUGCGGAGCUCCAGGCCCGCUCUAACAUCUGGGUGGCAGGAGACGCUGCAUGUUUCUAUGAUAUCAAGUUGGGGCGUCGACGGGUAGAGCAUCACGACCAUGCUGUCGUGAGUGGAAGACUAGCUGGAGAAAAUAUGACCGGGGCUGCCAAACCAUACUGGCAUCAGUCAAUGUUCUGGAGUGAUCUGGGCCCUGAUGUUGGUUAUGAAGCCAUUGGUCUUGUGGAUGGUAGUUUGCCCACAGUUGGAGUUUUUGCCAAAGCUACUGCAAAAGACACCCCCAAAUCUGCAACUGAACAAUCAGGGACUGGUAUCCGUUCAGAGAGUGAGACAGAGUUGGAGGCCUCCGACAUUGACAUCCCACCCAGCGAUGCUAAGACCCCACAGAGCCUCAUAAAGGGGGAGGACUUCGGCAAAGGCGUUAUCUUCUAUCUCAGGGACAAAGUCGUGGUGGGGAUCCUACUGUGGAAUAUCUUUAACCGGAUGCCAAUAGCAAGGAAGAUCAUUAAGGAUGGAGAAGAGCAUGAAGAUCUCAAUGAAGUAGCCAAGCUCUUCAACAUCCAUGAAGACUGAAGUCUCCAAAAAUGUGAGCAAGUGGAACCUGGGAGUAACAAGCAGCAGCAGGCAGGCGAGAGGAGUGCUAAUUUACAUCUGACUCACACACCUCCCAAGUCAUAUUUGUUCUUAUGUACCCCAAGUUCACUGUGAAUUGUUUCAGUCAUCCAGUGUUAAAUAAAGUUUAUUUCUUCUCAA